GACUGAUGCCUGAGUAUCUUCAUCUUGUUGUGUUUAUUUUGAAUUUAUGAAUUUUUUGGGUUGUGGGUACUUCCCAAAGCCGGUACAGGCCGGUUCAGGGGUCAAUGUGUUAAAUAUGAUUGGAUUUAUCGUAACUUAGCUCUCAAACUCAGCUUUAAUAAUAAGAGGGGCACCAGCUCCUUGUUAUGUAACUGUGAAUUGUGUAUAUCAAAGUUUUCAUUAUUACCUAUAAGGCCAUGACUGUACAUUCCUGUUUUGGACUGAUGACGGCUGAGCUUCCUGAUGACGUCCUAAUAGAACGCUCACUUAAAAAAGAAGAAGUUGUUCAAAGGGUGAAAGAUAUCCAAUGUCUAAUAUGGGACGAGAUGUCCAUGACAAGUUAACGAAUUUUCGAGAUAGUGGAACGUCUAGUGCGAACAGUGUGUGGAUCGACGAAGCCAUUUGGUGAAAAACAAGUAAUUUUGGCGGGCGAUUUCUGUCAGCUCCCACCUGUAAAAAACCGUUUCGAUGAGUCACCCCAAUGGUUGUUUCAUAGUCCCACUUACAAAUCUGCAUUUCCACAUAUCAUCGGACUGAAUGUUCACAUGCGUCAAAGUAUUGAUAGAGAGCAUGGUAUAGAGCAAAGUUCAAUUGAUUUUGUGUUAUCAUAUUAGAAUAGCGAUGUAUAAGGAUUAUACAAAUUAUAAUAUUAUUCUUAAAAGGUUUGAUCAAGCUUCUAGAUGAGUUGAGGCUUGGUGUGUGCUCCGAGGAGUCCAGGUCUUAUAUAAAAGCUAACUUAUUACGGUCUUUGGAAGGGACUAUACCAGAGCCUACCUACCUCUAUUUCAAGAAGGACGCCGUGGAGCUUCAUAACUUUGAGAGGUGUUUAUGCUUCGGUAUCCAUCAAAUAGCGUCACACGCUCACUUCGAUUCUAAUGUGGUCACUUUUGUGUCUAUUUGUUCGUAAAUGCAUUUAAAAGGUGGGCCUCGAAAAUUAAAAAUAAUACAUGUCUUAACCAUCGCCUUUUGGUCUGUUUAGAUUAACUCAACUUCCAGGCAGGCUGCACAAAUUUAGGUGAGGCGCAGUUGUGAUGUUGAAUUGCGGAAUUUUGAUCUAAAUUUUCUCAGCCCUUUACCAAAGGAUUUAAGGGAGCUUAGCAUGGAAUGCGCUGAAUACCAAGAUUCGUUUGAGUGCUGUAGAGUGCCCCAGACGAAUGAACAGGACAAUGGCAAUAUUAAAAGUCCACCAGUUCCCGUUCCUGGAGACGACGAAGUGACAAACGAUGAAUUAAUGCGAGUUGCCGCGUCCUUUUUCGAGUGGUGACGAGUUUGAUUCCAUGGAAAUUGCUUACGCCAUUCUCCCAGAAAAGCAGAAUGCGCUGCCUAAUUGACCAGCUGAAUUUGAGACAGAAUUGUUCAUGCAACAAUUUUUAGAGGAAGAGAGGGGACGAAAUUUCGUCCAACAGUCAAACUCUGUUAUUACGUCUUGGUUAACAAAGUCAGAUCAGCUACGAUAUUUGAAAAAAAAAAGUGGGUAAUGAUAACAACAACGUUAAAAUCGUCCAGAAAGAGUUUACCUUGAUGUUUGGUCAAGUAUUGACAUUGAUAAAUAGUCCUGAGUUCUUAACACACCUGAAAGCUCUCUGUGGCGUGAUCGUUGAGCUAACGGAAGCACAGCGGAGUGUGGGGUCUAGGGUAGUUAUUGCGCUUUUCCAAACAUUUGUUUCAAACAUGGCAGAGAAAACACACCAAGCUAGAGUCGCCGAAGUGUGUGAACCUAGCAUAGACGUCGCCAAUAUGUCAGCAGAAGGGAGAGCAAAGGUUCGGUACGUCGGGGGCUGGGCUGUGCAGGCCGCGAGAAAGAGAUGUGUACAGAAAGUUCAAGCUGGCCUCAACUCAACAAAUGUAGACGUUCGGCAAACUGUUAAAAAUGACCACAAGAAAAAAAUCUCUCCUUGAAAACUACGCUCACGCCUCGUUUGAUGAACUUCAAGAGAAAUCUGCCUAUCCGGAGACAUUAACAAUUACGGAAUUCAGACAAUAUAGGAAUAGAGGGCUGAGUCAUAUUUCAGAUGCUACAUACUUGUUUUUUCUAGAUCUAGAGCAAGAAAGAGUUCAACUUCUGAAUAUCAAACAGUUACACGACAAAGGAGAGCGGUUGGUUAAAGAGUGCAUUGAUGAACUCCUUAGUAACACUGAUCUUAGACGAAAAUGGUACAGCCUAUUUCCGUUGCAAUCAGAUGACAAGAUAUUGGGAGAGCUUUAUACCGAUGUCAUCACGAGAUAUGCAAAGAUGGGUGCAGGACAGUUUUUGAGAGAUUAUAGGCUGGCAAUGAAAAUUGCAAAGACAAAUGCACACAGGGUGGAGAUUAAGAAAAGAAAAAAGCGCAAGGAGUGCCUGGAGAAGAAGGUCCCCAUGGCCGAAAUGGAGAAAGAUAGCGGACACAAGAGGAAAUCCCACGCGCGUCUAGUUGUGUUGGCAGGUGAUGGCACGGAUUUGGAGGUUUUCUGCCCUGUGUAUUUAAAAAUAGAACUAACGCGUCUCUGUAAGGCAUACGAAAUCCCUACAACGCCUAAGACAACCAAGAAGCAAAUGUCCGAAGCUUUGGUACAAAAAAUUCCGUCCUUAUCGGCUAUGCCAUCGCCUUCUUUGUUAAAUAAUUACAUAGUUCAAACCGCGAAUGAAGGACUAAAUUUGACUAUUAGAAGAGUUUAAAGUCUGACUGAGUUUUGCAUUUGACAAAUAAGACGAAACCGACAACUGUAUCAAACUUUAUUUUCCCCUAGCUGAUAGGCAUUCAUGAUAUUUAUGAUAUUUAUACAUGAUAUUUAUGACCCAAGUUGUAGAAAUGUAAAUACGUGUAAAUGAUAUGAAAAAUAAAUUCAAGUCAUAACCGUU